CUUCGGAUUGUCCUCGAGAUUGACAAGAUCUCACUUCUUGCCUUUCCCACCACACACAAAACAAACAUCAUUCAGAUCAAAGAAGGGGGUUAUUACAAGUUACAAACAACAUCAAAAGGGCGACCAUGACGAGCACCACCGAGGAGGAAGAAGCUGCUGCGGCGGCCGCAGUACUGGAAAAGCUAGAAGAGGAGCAGAAGGAGAAGGUUCCACCACCACCUCCCCCUCCGCCUCCUCCUGAAGAAGUCCCACCGCCACCCCCCGCCUCCGCCGCCUCCUCCGGAUGAAGCCCCUCCUCCACCACCACCGCCACCUCCACCUGAAGAGCCCAAGAAAGAAGAGAUCAGUGCUGCGGAUGCCAAGAAAUCAGCCAUGAUGUUAAAAUUGGAGAAACAAAAGCAGCGUUUGGAGGCCAUGAAGAUGAAACAACAACGCGCUCUAAAGGACGGCAAGAAGGAUGUCACGGCGUGGGUUCGUACGGCCAGUACGCGCAACUUGAUUCCGUCGGCUCCACCCGCCACUGCCAGCAAAUCCUUGGACACUCCUGCUACACCUCCUACAAAAGUGGACCACUUGUUGAUUUUGCUGUCGACCAUUACAUCCACGACCUCGCAAUUGUCACAACAGCAACGCGCCAUUAGUAUGUUCCAAUCGUUGGAACUUCCCUACAAGACACUCGAUGGUGCGCAACCGGAACACAAAGAUCAACGCAAUGAACUAUUUACCAAGAGUGGGAUUCGCGGGAAUUUCCCUCAGUUCUUUGUGGGUCGAUCUACUACUGAUAGUACUUCUGACAAAGAGCAAAAGUUUGACUAUCAAUAUGUGGGCCAAUUCUACGACAUGGAAGAAAUCAACGAAAAGAGUGGCUUGCCCGUCGACGUGCUCUGUGAGUUUGAUGUCACGUGGGAUAAACUCAUGGGAACUACCGACACGCAAACGUACCGUUUGCAUCUCCAAACCAAACGACAACAGCAGCAACAACAACAAUCGAAUCAGCAGACUCCAACUCAACCAUCACCAACUGCCCAGAAGGAAGCACCAGACACGACCACCACCCCUUCUACUACGACUGCUACGACUCCCAGCAAUGAAAAAGACAACAAGGCCGCCCUGACGAUCCAACGAUUCCUGCAAUCCCUCAUGCCUUGGUGGAAGAUAUAUCAACUGGAAAAGAUGGAACUAAAAAAUCGACAAAAUCGACUCCAACAACGCAUUCAAGCGGAACUGGAUCAAAUUGAACGCGAUAAAGAAGUCAAAAAACGAGAGUACGAUGCCAAACAUAAAAAAGACAAAAAAAGUGAUAGCAAGCACAAUAACAACAAGCAGGACAAUGACAAGGAAGCCAAAAAACUCGUCAAGAAAAUGAAUCAAGCCCAAAAGAAACAGAUUCAGUUGGAAAAAGAAUUGAAGCACGAACAAAAGCGACACAAACUCAUUGUCAAAGUCAACAAAUUGGAGGCGGCAUCCGAAAAGCAGCGCACCAAAUUCUUCAAGGUCAAGAAUAAACUCUUCAAGCAGCAGGGAACGGCACGACGAUUGGAAGAAAAUAUCCAACUCGUCAACAAGGACAAUCAAAAAUUAAUGGAGGGCAUUCAAAAGGCGGCCGUGACGUUGGGGCAAGUACAAAGUGGUGAUGGUAGUGGUGCGGCAGAACCCAAGGCGGCGACAAAAGCUGCACCCAAGGCAGCACCCAAGGCAGCACCGGCUCCCAAGGCAGCACCAGCUACCAAGGCGCAAACAAAAGCAGCGACAAAAGCAGCAGCGGCUCCAAAAACAACACCGGCUCCAAAAGCAACACCAACGGCCCUCGAGGUAGCUCUUGCACCGACCGGUCCCCAAUCAUUGGAGGAUUCGUUUAGCGAUUGGGUGCCAAAGAACAAUACCAAUAAUGUUUCCAUCGAAAAGGGACCCACCAAAGCAUCGGGCAAAAAAUCAUUACUGGGAUCGACGUUCAAAAAGACGAACAGCAAGGCCGCAAAGACAACAACAACACAAGGAGGCAAGGGAGAGGGUGGGGCAUCUACAACAACAACAAAGACACCAGCGACGAAAACACAAACAACAGCGAACAAAAAGGCACCUCCAGCGAAAAAGAAGUCUGCGGCGACACAGCCGGCAGCGAAAAAGGCUGUAGCCGCCAAGACGAACAAUAACAAUGCGGGAGCCAAGGCGAAUGCUGGCGUAGUCAAGGGAGGGGCCACCAAACCACGACCCUCGAUCAAAAAGGAUCCAAAGCGGGAAGCAUCCAAACGGGCACUGAUGCUGGCCGAUUCCUCCCGGCCGUCGGCUGUCUGGUGCCGACCGGCAGCACGAGAGCGACGACCGUCGCAUUUACUGGCUCGGUUGGAAAACAAUCGGAAACUCGAAAUUGAUGCGUCCAAUCACAACAAGUAAGUAGAAUGAAUGGUGUGGGGGGUGCAGGCCUAAAGGGUUGCUUGCUUGCUAUGUGGAUCUUCUUUUGGGUGGUUAAGAAGACGUUCCGCACUAGCUAGCGAGUACGAGUAACAUAACGUGACGUUCGUUAAUGCAUAGCUAGAAAGCAGUUCCACAGCAGUCUGCUGCUGUUUGCAUCAU